AUGCGGCAGGAGGCGAAGGCAACCUCGGCUUCCAGAACUCAUUCUCUCACACACGAACUGGAGCAGCUACUGCACAAGAACCCACCCCUGCUUCCCUACGCUGUGCAGCUGGUCGGUUUCUAUCAACGCAUAUGGGAUCGCUAUGUGAUGGAAUAUGCCACGAAGAUCCGGUUGGGCGAGGAACAUCGCCUGCUUCAAGACUCCAACACCUGGCUUGCGAGCGGUAAUGAGCAAGUUCAACGACUCUGCACCGAACGGGGGACAUUGUUGAGUGAGCGCCGCCAAGCUUCUGAAGCCAUCCGCAAAGCCGUUGAUGGAAUUCUUGAGAACUGUGAUAAACACAUCCUCUCGUUGGCUGAGUGA